CCCCGUCCAAUCCCGUCUGAUAUAGGGGUACUGGGACCUUAUCCUGCAUCCGGAGCUUCCCAGCGAGACCCAUGAAUCCUUACAUCAACUGCUUCAGCCCUGAGCUCCCCCUGUCCCAGCAAGACUUCCCCAUGGAGCCCCCCAGCCCCGACCUCUGCAACAGGACUCACCCUGACGCUUUAUUCGACCCCAAAGAUGCCAACCUGACGGAGGAGCAGCUGCGACAUAAAUACUUAGGGCCUCGGAGAUCCAACUUCUUCAUCCCUGUCUGCGUGAUCUACCUGCUGAUCUUUGCUGUGGGGGCAGUGGGCAACACACUCACCUGCAUCGUCAUCCUCCAGCACCGCUUCAUGAGGACACCCACGAAUUACUACCUGUUCAGUCUGGCUGUGUCUGACCUGCUGGUGCUGCUGCUGGGAAUGCCGCUGGAGCUGUAUGACAUGUGGAGCAAUUACCCCUUCCUGCUGGGGGCUGGGGGCUGUUACUUCAAGACGUUGCUCUUUGAGGCCGUCUGCUUCGCUUCCAUCCUCAACGUCACCGCCCUGAGCGUGGAGCGCUACAUUGCCGUGGUGCACCCACUCAAAGCUAAGUAUGUGGUGACCAGGAACCAUGCCAAGAGGGUCAUCAUCACCAUCUGGGUGGUGUCAGUCAUCUGCUCCAUCCCCAACACCAGCAUCCAUGGGCUGCAACCUCUCUAUGUGCCUGGCCGGGGCCGCGUGCCUGAUUCGGAGAUCUGCACCCUGGUGAAGCCACGCUUGACCUACAAUCUCAUCAUCCAGAUCACCACCAUCGUCUUCUUCUUCCUGCCCAUGGGGACCAUCAGCAUCCUCUACCUGCUUAUCGGCCUGCAGCUCAAGAAAGAGAAGAUGCUGGAGGCCCUGGGGGCCAAGUCCAGUGGUGACAAUGACUAUCACAGAGUCCAGGGACAGAAGAAGGUGAAGAGGAGGCAGGUCACGAAGAUGCUGUUCGUGCUGGUGGUGGUGUUUGGGAUCUGCUGGGCCCCCUUCCACACCGAUCGUCUCGUCUGGAGCUUCAUCUCCACCUGGACUGGCCCCAUGCUCCACAUGUUCCAGUACGUCCACAUCAUUUCAGGCAUCUUCUUCUACCUGAGCUCGGCCGCCAACCCCAUCCUCUACAACCUGAUGUCCACCCGCUUCCGUGAGAUGUUCAAGGAGGUGAUGUGUCACCCCGGCCAGCACCCGCCGGGCUCAUGCAAGCACUCACCCAGCGUCACCCAUGCCACCACCCGUAGCACUGAGUGUGAGCCCAUGCCCAGUGCCAAUGGGCUGCCCCUCUCUGAUGCUGAGGAGUACGAGAUGGUGGAAAUGAAGGAGAUGGAGGAGAUGGAGGAGAUGGAGGAGAUGGAGGGUGGCCAGGCUGUCACGCAUGCCACAUCCCUCUGCUGAAUAGCAAGAGGACAUGGAGGAACCAAAACAGCUUCCCCACCAUCAGCAUUGGCAUCACCAUCACCACAGCAUCCAUCUGCAGGAUGGAGGGAAGCGAUGGGGCCGUGCAUCACCGUGCUGUUCCAGCAGGAGCAGGGCUACUUCUCCAGGUGUGCUGCCAGGCUGCUUCUCUUGGCUGCUCCAGGGAUAUGGAGACCAUCCCUUGCCUCACUAUGACCAGGUUGCAUUGCAUCCUCUGCACUCAUCACUGGGGCCAGACAAAGCCAGGACAUCAUGGUGUCACAAGGCCCCCCUCAUCCCCACCCUGCAUGAGCUGUUCCUCACCCAAGAAUCACAAAUCAGAGCCAUUCUUCCUCAAUUUGUGCCCUAAUUGCAUUCCCUGGGACUCAGACCUGUCCCCACUACCCCGCUAUCCUCCCACGUGCUGACAACAGUAAUAGGCACCGUCCCUUCA